ACGAGGACUACAGCCACCACACAACAUAUCAGACUUAAAAACAAGACUUUUAACUUCUGAUUUAUGGCAUUUUAUAGUUAAAAAUUGGACUUCAACUCCUCAAGUUGGAUUCGGUCCUGUUUAUUUGCAGCUUGUUUAUAACUUGUCAUCGGCUCUAAUUUGGGUGUUUUUCAUCCUCCUGACUGUGUUUCAUUUCUGUCAGGUACAAUGGCUCUUGGAGUGCUUAAUUCGCAAGUUAAAAAUUCCCUGAGUGGGAGUGCAUUUUUCGACCGCGGUUCUAUAGAGGAACAGGAACCACCGCCUCCACUCCGCAGCUCUUGUUUGACUAUUUUCACCUGCUUUUGUCCUGCAUACCCCGUCAACAUUGUGGCCCUGGUCUUCUCUAUCAUGUCUAGAAACAGCUAUUAUCAGGGUGACUAUGACGGGUCGCGGCGCCUGGGCAGGAAUGCUCUCUAUGUGGCUGUUGCCUCCAUCAUCAUCGGCCUUCUCAUCAUCGCUAUCUUCUGCAUCGUUCAUUUUACUACUAUGGAUUUUUAGUGCUUUGGAAGUGAAAAGAAGGGAAGAAGAGAAAUAAGACAGUUGAACAGAAAACUGUGGAUGAUGAUGUCUGGCUGGGCUCGGGGGGCUUUUUCGAACAGCACCAUCUGCCAGUGAAAGGACUAUGACUUGCCUCAUGUUUACUUCAAUCUGUACAUCACUUCCUCUCAUGCUUCAUAUGGACAAUCAAGGACUAUAGCAUGCAGUGAAUGCGUCCUUCUCAGUGAUUAAUUUCAAUCACUCUUUGAAUUAAAAAGGCAGCUUUCUUAAAAUGUGUAGGGAAUCCAUGGGUUACAAUGAGUGUUUGUUAGGCUUUGACCCCAAUGUGAGAAAUAAGUUAUUUUUCAUUAUUGUGUUUUGCUCAAAACAGUGCUGUAAGUAUAUGAUGAAACAGAUCUAAACAUGAUCUAAACAGUAACUUGAUUAAAAUACCUACUUUAUCCAUUACAAUUAUAUUCUGUUGAUAACUGUAACAAUGCUCUAACACCCUUUACCAAUAACCGCAAACUCUUAAGCACUAAACACAUAUCAAGAUUUUUUUUGUGUGUCUAGCAAUGACUGUAUAAACAAACCUGUCUAUGGUUCAUUUUGUUCUAUGAUUUCUGUGUUACUAUUAAAAGGCAACCCAACUGAA